CGGCGGCGGCGGCGGCGGUGGCGGCGGUAAGAUGGCUGCCCACGGGGGCUCCGCGGCUUCCUCGGCGCUGAAGGGGUUAAUUCAGCAGUUCACCGCCAUCACCGGUGCAAGUGAAAGUGUAGGAAAACAUAUGCUUGAAGCCUGCAACAAUAAUCUGGAGAUGGCAGUCACUAUGUUUUUGGAUGGUGGAGGAAUCGCUGAAGAGCCCAGUACCAGUUCAGCAAGCGUCUCCACUGUCAGACCACAUACAGAAGAAGAAGUUCGUGCCCCAAUUCCUCAAAAGCAGGAAAUAUUAGUGGAACCAGAACCUUUGUUUGGUGCUCCUAAAAGACGACGACCUGCCCGCUCAAUAUUUGAUGGUUUCCGGGAUUUUCAAACUGAAACUAUUCGGCAAGAACAGGAGCUAAGAAAUGGAGGAGCAAUAGAUAAAAAACUAACUACCCUUGCAGAUUUGUUCCGGCCACCCAUUGACUUGAUGCAUAAAGGCAGCUUUGAAACAGCCAAAGAGUGUGGCCAGAUGCAGAAUAAGUGGCUGAUGAUAAAUAUUCAAAAUGUACAAGAUUUUGCAUGCCAAUGUCUCAACCGAGAUGUAUGGAGCAAUGAAGCUGUGAAGAAUAUUAUCCGGGAGCAUUUCAUUUUCUGGCAGGUUUAUCAUGACAGUGAGGAAGGUCAGAGAUACAUACAGUUCUAUAAACUAGGGGAUUUCCCCUAUGUUUCCAUCUUGGACCCACGGACAGGUCAGAAGCUAGUAGAGUGGCACCAAUUAGAUGUAUCGUCUUUCUUGGACCAAGUCACGGGAUUUUUGGGUGAACAUGGGCAGUUGGAUGGACUUUCUAGCAGUCCCCCCAAAAAAUGUUCCCGAUCAGAGAGCCUUAUAGAUGCAAGUGAAGACAGCCAGCUAGAAGCUGCCAUCAGAGCCUCCUUGCAAGAAACACAUUUCGAUUCAACACAGGCAAAACAGGAUAGCCGUUCAGAUGAAGAAUCUGAAUCUGAACUUUUUUCUGGCAGUGAGGAGUUCAUAUCCAUUUGUGGCUCUGAUGAAGAAGAGGAGAUAGAGAAUCUUGCCAAAUCCAGAAAGUCUCCCCACAAGGAUUUGGGGCAUAGAAAAGAAGAGAAUAGAAGACUACUGACUGAGCCCCCUGCUAGAACUGAGCCUGGAACAACCACAAAUCACCAGGGAUUGCCAGCUGUGGAUCCAGAGAUUUUGGAGAUGUCACCCGAAAAAUCUGAUGGAGUAGUAGAGGGAAUAGAUGUAAAUGGACCAAAAGCACAGCUGAUGUUGCGGUACCCAGAUGGAAAAAGGGAACAGAUCACUCUCCCAGAGCAAGCUAAACUGCUAGCUUUGGUGAAGCACGUCCAGUCUAAAGGAUAUCCAAAUGAACGUUUUGAACUUCUCACCAACUUCCCUCGAAGAAAACUUUCUCAUUUGGACUAUGAUAUUACAUUACAAGAGGCAGGGCUUUGUCCUCAAGAGACUGUCUUUGUACAGGAAAGAAAUUAACACCAUGGCCUGACCUCUCUCAGCUUACCCCUUUUUUCCCUUUUCCUGUGAGAUACCGUGUCACUAAGUAUGCAUUUUGGCUCAUAGGACCAUAGAGUCAAAGUUGGCAAAUAAGUCACCUGCCUUCUCUUUUAUUUCUUGUUCUCACCUGUAAUCAGUCUCUUUCUCCCUCCCCACUUUUUUCCUCCCCCAUUCUCUUAUUUUUUCCCAUGUCCUUUCUUUCUUACCUAAUCUGGUGACCAAAUGGAAGUGUAUGGAUAAAUCUCUCCUAGUACUGGCAGCAGGAAAUGUGUGUGUCAAUAAGUGAUCUCUUGCACGGCACUUUUUCGGGAUCAAAUGAAACUACUUCUGAGACUUCUUUGACAAAGAAUGGCUGGAUGCAGAAUAAGAACAACCUUUCUUUUUUUGUAAGCCCUCAUUUGCAGUAAGAAGAACUUCUCAACCAAUUUUUGUUGUUGUUGUUGUUGUUCUUCAUGUAGGAAAUAGCACGUAACAAAACAUCCAAGCUUUUGUUUACAUGGAAAAAGCACCAUAAUUAUUACUGAUCAUAUUUGAAUUUUUUUCCCCCAAAGAAUUCCCAUUUUCCCAUUUAUAAGAGCUAUUUCCAUGAUACGUGUUAGUAGAAAAAUGAGUGUUCAGUUUAGGAUAUGUAGCAUGGGGUUGCUUUCAGUGGCCUAGCCUGAGACAGCUUUCUUCAUUACUACUGUGUAAUAUUGAUCUUGCUAGUCCUAGAAUGGACAUUUAGUGAGCAUAUUGUAGUGACCGGGAUAGGAAGGUGCUUGCCGUUUUUGCUAGUACAGCAUAUUAGUUCCUUUGGCUUCUCCAUUGUCUGGGUCCACAACAAUCUGUAGGAAGGCAGCUAUUCAAUAAUCAUGCAGUACAAUGGCUUGUAAUUGUAACCCUUGUGGUUAUGGAUUGUCCUAUGUGCUUAAGGCAUACUUAGGUAUGUCCCAGGGUAAAAGAAAACUACGCAGCUGAGAGUUGCUAACCAUGUUCCUUUGGUUAUAAAUAAUGAUUCUUUUUUUUUUUUUUACCCCUGGUUGGAGUAAAAAAGGCUCUGGUGACUGACCGGCCUUUAAUUCCUCAUAGUUUUCUUUCAAAGGAUAUCAAAACUGAAAGUCUCCAAAAGGAAGACCUUUAAGCUAAAUUCUUUAAAAGACAACAUUUUAGUAAGGGAUGCUGAGGGUUGCCAGUGAUCUUCAGAUGUUGUGGUGUUUUUCUGACAACAAACGCCACAUUCAAAUAUUAGUUAGUGAAAACUUCUUUCAGUAUUAUUUAGAAAAAGGCAUCUUGAAUCUAUAUAAUACUGUUUACUUAUCAGCUUCACUAUAUGCUCAGUUCUUCCUUUGAGCUUUAUAUAAAGUCUUCUGACAGGAUAGUAGUAAUCUCGUGGCAAAAUCAGAACUGGUUAUAAAACCAUUUAUAUAGAAUGACCUGUUUUGUCAUUUGGGGUUUGAAUUGAUUCUUCUACUUGAGGAACAAAUGGCAAAUUGCUAUUGCUCAGAGACCUUUUAGGUUCCCAUUUACUGUAAGAUCACUUUCUUGGCAACUAAGGGAUUAAAAAAAAAAAAAAAAAGAAGAAAAAAAAAAGCUGUGUGUUGCUAGUGUACAGUUAUAGACUAUGGUUUUUAAUGGUUGGAUUUUGAGGGACCCUUCCUAAAGAAUGAGUUAUGUAUCUCCUCAAGGAAAUCAUGGAAAAUUCUGUUAUUCUUCAGUGAGUCCUUUAAUGUUCUUAACAUUUUUUUCUAAGUCUGUGUAAGUGCUUAUGUACACGUAUAUAAUUGUAUAAAUAUUUAUAAAUAUAUUUAUAUAAUUGAAAUUUCAUUUAUACCUUGAGUCAAAGUUCUCUCUUUAGAUCGGUGACUGAAUAAUACCACUUUGGUGUUUUUCAUAGGCUCUUGAGGCUUAACUAGCAGCUUCUGGUUUAUUGAGGAAACAUGGUUUUUAAUGUUAAUUCCUCAGUUAUAUCUCUGAACUUGUAUAACAGAUUUGCUAUCUGAGGAACAGAGCUAUAUACUAGAAGGUACAUUAGAGAGUAAAAAACUUGUUGAUAGUUAGUCAAGGUCAGAAAUUAAAAAUUCAUGGAGGCACAGGGUAAGAAGUGAGGAUAUGCUCAGCUUUGUGCUUUGAUAGCAGCUAUCUUCACUCCCAGCAAAGUCAUAGCUAAAACCCAAAUUGGUCGAAAUUCUAAGUUAAGAAUUUUAACUUAUAGGACUGUUUCAUCCUCUUUCCUACUAGCUUCUCUCUUCAUAAAACAUAUCUUGAAGUCCUGAGGCAGCAUGCUCAUAAAUGAGGGGAUGUAGUUUUUAAAUAUGCUCAGCACUGGCAAACCAGAUAUUAAAAACCAAAGUGACUUUUUCAACUUGGGUCACUAUGAGAUGACCGAGUAUAUAUAGGAUUUAAGUAAGAGUCAGGGCAUGGUACAUUCAUCCAUCCUGGAUACAAUCAGAUGUUUAGAGUACAGAAUGUAGGGGAUUUUGUUUCAUUUUGAAGCAGGAGUGUAAUCAUCUUGAGGUGGAUAGAGAGGCCCAUGAGGAGAGGUUAUGGAUUAUACUUGGGAAAAGUAAGUGCAGAGUAUUGCUUUGUUCAACUUAAUCUAUUUAGGGAGUAUGCUUUCUCCAGUUUGCCUUAUUUCCUCUACAAGUUCCUUUGCUUUUUGAGGGAGAGGUUUUAUUGAAUAGAUUAAAUGAAGUCAGUAAGGUUAGAUAAAAAUAGUCACUCCCCCUGGUAAAUAUUGGAAACAACUUAAAAGACAGUUUUUAAAAGGUAUGGUGGAAAAGAUAGAUUUUGAGAGUGACAAAAGGAUAGGGAGAUAGAAUGAAAACUAGCAAGGAAAAAGUGAGAGGGACACUUUAUUGAAUAUGAUUUAGAAAGAAACCACAGAAGAGAAAGAAUAGUGCCAAAUGAGGGAAGAACAAGGAACUAAAGUAACUAGCAUGUGCUGUGUGCUUCAUGUGCUUUUUCUCCUUUAAUCCUCCUACAAACCCUACAAAAUGUAUAAUUUCCCCAUUUAACAAAUAAGGAAGAAAAUUAAAGUUCAUAGAACUUGUUAAGGAUGUCACAGCGAGUAAGUGGCAAAUCAAAAUUGGAAUUCAGAGUCCAUUUCUUUGACCCUGGUGCUGUGUUCUCCCACAUAAGGGAAAUACGCCCAAAAAAGUAUCCUCCUUGUUUGGCUUUGUAAAUUAACAGCUGGUUUUGUUUUCUUAAAGCUAGGGGGAGUAGUUGAGGUAAAGCUUGUGGAAUUUGCACUAUGCCUAUAACUUCUUACUUAUUUUGAGAGACUAAUUAUUAAUAAUUGCUUUUUUAAAAUGAUGCACUGAUGAAUAUGUGAAAGGAGAAUAACUAUCUAACAUUAUUUGCCAAGAAUAAAUGUAAAGGGUAAAAAAGAAUUUUCUUUCUUUAACCAUUUUUCAGAAAAGAUACAAUUAAUCUUUUCUGUGUUCCAUCCAUGCUAGAUUAUUGAACCUUCUAUGUGUGUUUUUAAAUCUUCUAUAAAAUUCUACUUCCUUGACCCUAUGAAGAAACAGUUUUAUGUUGAAUGCUUACUCAAAGUUGGAAAUAUUUUGAAAUCUAAGAUCUGAUUCUUUACUGUUAUCCAGUUAGGGAGACACAUUACACAUAAGAUCAUUGGAGAAUAUGUAAAUGUUUGCCUUUCCCAGAUGAAACUAUAAUUACAACAGAAGUUUAGAGAAAGGAAGGAAUCGUGUAGGUUUUAGUUAGCUGAUUCUUCACAAAGAAAGAGGACUGAAGGGUGACAAACACUAGCUCAAAUUUUUUUUUUCAUCUAUAAUCUUUAGUUUCACCUUUUUUAACUACUAGGUUUUUGGUUCAGUGAGGCAUAACCAGUACUCAAGUAUCAAAGGAUUCUUGAUCCCCAACACUAAAGAUUCUUAAUUACCAGAGAUCUUACUUGGACACUUAGGAAAAACACCAGAGGGAGUUACUAGCAACUGAAAAAUAAAGGAAAGUUUUAACUUGUCCACCCAGGUACAGAUUAAAGGUAUAGUGUAUUAUAUAAGAAAUGCAGAAAAGGCACUAUUUUAGGUUUAAGUGCACUUGGGUAAUAGCUGUGCUAAUCAACUGUUAUAUUGGAAAGUCUCUUUCUACCUCUGAGUCUUGGGUUCCUCAUCCAAAUAAUUGAAAAAUCUGACUAAUAAUUCUCAGUCUUUUCAAGCAAAAGUACUUAUAAUUUUAAAUUCUGGCAUGGGUAUGGAAUUGUGGGAUUAACUGUGAAUAUAAUUAAUUCCGUAGAGAAAAUGUAAUGUGCAUUGGAAUUGCAGAGCCCUUGCAGAAACUCUAGGCGCCCACAUACUGUAGACCACUGAGUUGCAUUAUCUCUAAAGUCCUCCAAAAUUUUAUGCAUCUGGUCUUUCCCCUUUGUUAUAUAUUAUCCUUAGGCUUAUUAAAAGUGUUCUUGUUAAUGUG